CGCUACCCCUUAUCCUCUUCCUAGCUUCUUCCACGACUUCCUCACUUUCGACACUCUCAAUUUCAAAGAGAAGAAGAUAAAAAUGGCAGCAACCCUCUCAACAACAGUUACCUUGGGUUCCUCUUACCCCGCUACGCCCACUUCCUUUUCUUAUCCUCCGCAUCACUCCACAAGAUUCACCAUAGUCGAAUUCCCAUUUCGCCUCAAUCCCCCUGCUAUCCUCAUUCACCGCAGCACCGACCUCCGACCACUUUCCGCCGUUUCCGCUCCAGAGAAGAUCGAGAAACUAGGCGAAGAAAUCUCCUCCCUUACCCUCGAGGAGGCCCGAAACCUCGUGGACUACCUCCAAGAGAAGCUCGGGGUAUCUGCCGCCGCAUUUGCCCCGGCCGCGGCCGUCGUUGUCGCUCCUGGAGCUGGAGGUGCAGACGCAGGGGCGACCGUGCAGGAGGAGAAAACGGAGUUCGACGUGGAGAUCCAGGAAGUGCCGAGCAACGCGAGAAUCGCGGUGAUUAAAGCCGUGAGGGCAUUGAAGGGGAACUUGCCGUUGAAGGAGGCCAAGGAACUAAUUGAAGGUUUGCCGAAGAAGAUGAAAGAAGGAGUUUCCAAGGAGGAGGCUGAGGAGGCCAAGAAGCAGCUUGAAGAGGCUGGCGCCAAGGUAGCCAUUCUUUAGGUGGUCAGGUUUUCUGAAAUGGUUGGUUUUUGUUUUUGUUCUCUGUUGAUUAGUUUGGUAUAGUUGUAAUGUUACUGGUAAUUUGCUUUUGACAAUUCCUUUUAUUUUAUUACUAUGAUUAGCUUUUCGAGAUGCCCGCCAUGUGUUUGAUAAAUUGCUACACAGGAGCAAAUUUCUUUUGUCAGUUCUUUUUUUAGAUAA